UUCAUCACCAUCAUUAUUCAUCCAUCUAUCUCAAAUCCAGAAAUCCAUCAAUGGCGGCAUCAAAAUCCUACUUCCCAAGAUCAACCCAUCUUUUCCUCUCCCCAGAAACAAAAACAAAAACUUCAAUCGAUUCAGAUUCCACCUUUGACUUCGACGAAUCAGAUCUCUGGAACUCAUCCAAUCAAUCGUCGUCAGAAUCGCUGAACGCGAUCGCCGGUAAUCAUCCAUCAUCAUCAUCGAGGAAGAAGAAGCCAUUGGCGUUUAAGCAUUCUGAGGUGGGUCAGGCUGCGUCUUUACCCAUAAAUGUACCGGAUUGGUCGAAGAUAUUGAAACAUGAAUACAGAGAGAAACGCAGGUUUGAUAGCGAUGAGGAUGAAGACGGCGGCGACGGCGGUGGCGAUGAGGAUGAUAUGAUUCCGCCGCAUGAGUUUUUGGCGAAACAGAAACAGGGAAGAAGGGUGGCGUUUUCGGUUUAUGAAGGGAUUGGAAGAACAUUGAAAGGAAGAGAUCUAAGCAGGAUUAGAGAUGCGAUUUGGGAGAAAACUGGGUUUCAGCAUUAACAAAUCUCAAAUCUCUGCGAUUGCGAUUGCGAUUUGCGAUCAUCAGAUCACUGACUGUGAAAGAGACAUAUAUUAAAUCAAUUUUGCUAAUUUCCAGCUUGUAAUGAUGUAAUU